AUGAAUCUUCCUCAUCUCCUCUCGUCCUCGCUAGCGCCAGUGCAGGAGACUCUCAUUUCGUACCUCGGCCCGAAGGAGUUCUCGACAUUGAUUGAAGUAUCGACAGGCGUUCGUACUGCGCUCAUCAGCGGGCUUCCUUCAUGCUACCAGAACAUUGAGACAAAACUCAAAACCUUCUUCCAGGAUCCCAAGGCGUUCAGACAAGUUCAAGCCAACACCGGCGCGAUCAUUGGCGGUGACUUUGCCCGCAAGUUCAUUGCUAACGAGCUGCAAACUCCCUACUCAGAGGUUAAGCCCUUGGACCUCCGUGCCCCGAUAUUCGACUUCCUGGAGCAAGAACGGUGGAUCGCUGAUGAGUACAACAAGGCGGGCUUGACCAUAUUCCGAAAGCCGCAGGCCGAGUAUGAUGGGUUGACCGUCUGUGUCUUGGAUUCGAGGGAUUCUCCUCUAUGCAAAUUGCUCCACGCGGCUUCAUCUACCGCGACAUUAAACUUUAUCACUUGGAACAGGGCAUACUCUUUGUUCCCGCAGACUACCUUUAUCGACAAGCAGUGUUACGUAUUGCAGAACCUGCCUGCGGAUAAGACCGCGGGUAUGGUAAAGCGACAUGGUGAUUACCUUCGGGGUCUGACAUGCGACGGUAUCCAGACUCGAUUUCUGCAUUGGGAAGAUAAGUAUACGAACCUUGUUACUCGUCCCCGCCGCGUCGGCGAUAAGUAUACGUACACGAUUGGACUUGACCCUACAGGUAUCGAUUGCAGCACAUUAGCGAUACCGCAGACUGUCGUGGAGUUAUCUACCUUUAAAAUCAAGCUCUGGCAUUGGAGAAACAGCAAUGGUGGACGUGGGCCGAUCACAAGUUAUGUUAUGAGUGCAAUUGGCGUGGAUAGCGCUGUCCUCAAACAGUCCUAUGUAGUCCUGCAUGAAGACGAAAAAGAUCAAUGGGAGCCCGACCAACCGGCACCAUCUAGGCUCUUUAAGAAGACGAUCCAUCUUGUAUGCCAGAUCGGUGGCUUGACGAUAUUGGAGCUUGCAAAACUGCCAGAGAGCGACCGCCCCAUCGAGUACAACAACAUUAUGAACCAGAGGUCUCGCGAGGUGUUCGGGUGGAAAGGCACCAAGGUACCAGAGACGUGGUCAUACUACGACGACGACUUUAUGAAGCAGCUGGGGAGGCUGUGGAGGGAGCACGAACGCGACGAGAUGGAGAAGGGCGAUGAUCGGACUAGCCAGUAA